AUGGUGAGUGGAAAUUCCAACCAAAUAUUCAUUUUUUGGAUGCUUCUCUUGCUUGCCAUUGGUGCCUCCUUGGUGCGUGGCCAUAAAGGCACAAGAGUUGGAUUUUAUUCCACUACGUGUCCUCAAGCAGAAUCCAUUGUUAGCUCAACAAUUCAAUGCCAUUUCAAUUCUGAUCACACUGUGGCUGCUGGAUUGUUGAGGACGCAUUUUCAUGACUGUUUCAUGCGAGGUUGUGAUGCUUCAGUCCUUAUUGAAGCUGCCAAGACUCAACUUGAAGCUGUAUGUCCUGGCGUUGUUUCUUGUGCUGAUAUUCUUGCCCUUGCUGCCCAUGAUUCUGUUGUUUUGGUUAAUGGAUCAAGUUGGGCUGUUCCCACAGGACGCAGAGACGGAAGGGUUUCAUUGGUAACUGAUGCUGACAAUUUGCCAGCAUUCACUGACUCCAUCGAUGUGCAAAAGCAAAAGUUUUCUGCUUUGGGUCUCAAUACUCAAGAUCUUGUGGCCCUCGUCGGUAAUUUAACUUUAUUUUCUUUAACUAAAGCUGGCAAGGUUUUGUAA